AUGGAGUUCGAAGUUACCAAAAAUUUGCAUAACGCUCUCUACUGCAAAAUUGAGGCAGGACACUAUGAAUCGUCUAGAUAUGACGAUCCGGACGAAAAAUCUUCUUGGCAAGUCCAGAUGAUGCUUGAAAUAUACCGACUGUCAUUUAGAUGUUUAGUCUGGAUGGGAGAGAUUCGAGAUGAUUUUGAUUUGACUGACGCAGAAGCGGGAGUAGAAUUUUGUGAAUACAUUGCCAUUCUAUCGGAAUUCGAAGACGCCAACGCAGCUCCCGUCUCAACUUUUUUGGGUUCUUUGAAUGAUUUUAACCGCACUCGAACCUGGACUGUGAACGAGGCUGUUCUUCCAUCGAAUCUGUGUUUAGUCUGGGGCUUGUUGCAUAUGGAGUGGAAUGUAUUGAGCCAGGCAUUAGAAAAUUGGGUAGAGAGGGCUAAACCUGCAUCUAUUCAUUCUGUCUCGAGUGAAACCAACUUCGAGUUCCUUGGAUGA